UCUUAUCAACAUAGUUCAGAGUGGUAUCGAAACACUGACGAAGCCUCUUGUGCAGCGAUGACUGUUAUAGAGGAAAAUCGUCCUUUUGCCCAACAAUUAUCCAAUGUCUACUUUACGAUCCUUUCACUUUUCUGUUUUAAGCUGUUUGUGAAAAUCAGCCUUGCAAUACUCAGUCACUUCUACAUCGUAAAAGGGAACAAAAAGGAGGCGGCAAGGAUAGCUGCUGAGUUUUAUGGGAUUCCUCAAGGACAAGGUUCGUGGGCAGAUCGCUCACCACUGCACGAAGCAGCAAGUCAGGGACGGCUCCUUUCUCUAAAAACGUUAAUUGCACAGGGUUAUAAUGUAGAUGCUCUAACAAUUGAUCAAGUGACUCCACUGCAUGAAGCAUGCCUAGGAGAUCACGUAGGAUGUGCUAGAAUCCUUCUUGAUGCAGGAGCAAACGUAAAUGCGACAACAAUUGAUGGAAUGACCCCCCUGUUCAAUGCUUGUUCAAGAGGGAGUGCCUCUUGCGUGGAGCUUCUCUUGGAGUACGGUGCCAAAGCUCAGUGGGAGACGUGCCUCCCCUCUCCAACUCAUGAAGCAGCCAGCAGAGGUCACAGUGACUGCCUAGAGUUGCUAAUUUUGCGGGGUAUAGAUGUUGACCAAGACAUUCCUCACCUUGGAACACCUCUAUAUGUAGCUUGUAUUUCACAGCAGAAACGAUGUGUUCACAAGCUUCUACAUGCAGGAGCAAAUGUGCAAAAAGGGAAGUUUUUAGAAACUCCGCUACAUGCUGCUGCAAGGCAAUCUAGUGCAGAAAUAGUAAACAUUCUUCUUGAGUUUGGGGCAGAUAUUAGUGCCAAAAAUGCAGAGCUUGAACGCCCUGUCGACGUAGCUUCUCCACGUGGCUUGGUGGAAAGAAUAUUGCUUCUACAUGAAGCUACUCCAUGUUCUCUUUGCCAGCUGUGCAGACUAUGUAUCCGAAACUGUAUAGGAAGAACCAGAUUAGACCUUGUGCCACAACUCCAGUUGCCAACCAUAUUGAAAGACUUCUUGCAGUACAGAUAAAGUAGCAAAUAGUUCUGAAAGACUUGAACAAGUGUUUUAUUGUAUGUUGCAGAUAAAAACCUGUAGGGGUAGGGAAGCGACUUGUACAUACUAACAUGUGUCCUUAAUAGCAACAUAGCAUCAUGCCGCAAGAGAUAUCAUGCCGCAAGAGAUAUUUGAGGAUUUUCUUAAGCACCCCAGUGACAAAGUGCCUGUAUAAGUAAUAAAACAGUUGUUGUUCACUCUUGGAAAGUAUUAGCUGAGGCAAAGUUAUAAGGUUCUAUAUUAUAGAAGUCCCAGAAAGGUAUUUUGGUAUAUAUAUAUAUAUAUAUAUAGGUGUUUGGAGUAAUGAAUCAACUUUUGUCAUUAUAAAAAAACCAUGAAUACUCUCUCAAAUAUUGUUUGAACAUUUAAGGGUUAUUUUGUGUAUUUAUUUUUUGGAAAUAUUUGCAGUUUCAAAUCUGCAUUGUUCAAAAUGGUAACACGUUGAAAAACAUAGUAAUCAGGUCUUUUUUUCAGCAGGAACGUAGUGGAAUGAAG